AUGACUGGCCCACCGACCCAGCUGGCUUUCAUGAAUAAGGAGUGGUAUCAGGCAGCAAUAAGGUUGGAUGUCGAGCUUGUUCACUAUAAGAAGCCACCACCUCAGGAAGCCGGGCUGAAACAAGAGCAGACCAGGCGGCCGCCUCCCCCAAAAUCCCCAACCAUCACGGCUGCGGAGUCCCCCAAGCCACCUGCUGGUCCACCAAUCAAGUGCUUCAGAUGUGGACAACAGAGGCACCGAGCAACAAAUUGCCCGAUCCCAUAUCCCCAACAGGGAAGCAGAUCGGGACCACCGGAGAGCACCGAGGCCCAAGCUGGACCUGCUACUGCUCUGCCCUCCUAUGACAGCGAUGACGAAGGGGAGAAUGACCCGAUGCAUCCCUGCCCAGGGAAACCCUUUAUGAUUCAAGCCGAUGCCAGCGACAUGGCUAUUGGAGCUGUACUAUUGCAAAAGAACUGUGAGGGGGUCCUACAACUCUGUGCCUACACCUCGAAAAAGUUCACCGACUGCAAGAGAAGAAAACGUGUCUUAUUCCUAAGGAACGAGAAAAGAACAGAGUAUGAAAACAUUGACUCCCCAAAAUAUGGAAAUUUGAUCCAUUACCUCACUUCAGGCAAGGAUAGAUCUGACAGAUCCAAACUGUUGGAAGAAGACAAUGCAGGGUAUCAAUACAAAUUUCCAGUUCAUAAAACAAAAACAAAACUUCUUAAGAACUGGAUUCCCUUAAUGAAUCCCAGGAAGAGCUCUUGGCAUCAGAAAAUUCACCAGAGGCUGCCUUUGCAAAUUGAUAUGCAAAAGAACAACUGGGCCAGUGUGACAUCUGUUCUGCACCAGACAAUGCCUGUAGAACAGGCUUUUUACCUGGAGAAGUGGAAACAGCGAAUGAUUCUAAACCUUGGGAAAGAAGGUUUUGAAGAAUAUGUUAAAAAUACUUUUCAAAAAGGCAAGAACUUUCAUGCAGCCAUGGAAGCCUUACUGUUAACUAAAGGAAAUUUUAUAAAGGAACAGAAAGAAGAUACCAGCAUUUCAAACUAUGUAAUGAGUGUAAAGCAUGUGCUGCAAAAUAUCACUGGAGUGAGAGCUCUUGAAAGUACAGUACAGCAUGAGGCCCUUUAUUACCAAGGCCUAGUGGAUUGCAUAGCAGACUAUCGUGGAACAUUAUGUGUAAUUGACUGGAAGACUUCAGAGAAACCAAAGCCAUUUCUUCAGAAUACAUAUGAUAAUCCACUACAAAUUGCAGCAUACAUAGGAGCAAUUAACCAUGAUAGCAACUAUGACUUCCAGGUUAAUUGUGGAUUACUCGUGGUUGCCUAUAAAGAUGGUUCUCCUGCACAUUCACAUUUUAUGAGCUUUGAGCUGUGCUCUAAGUACUGGAACAAGUGGCUGCUUCGCUUGGAAGAGUUUAAAGAGAAAGGGAAGAAUAAUACUGUAUAAAGCAAGUAGUUUGAAGUAAAUUGUAUUUAAUUCCAUUGCUUUUCUUUCCUUCUAUUUUGGGGGCUGGGGUGGUAAGGAGCAAUUUUAACUAGCUGGUAGACAAAUGUUCCUGGAGGGAAAAUAAACUUUGCCAUCCACCUGUUUGCUGAUUCUCCACUGCAAAUACCCUUUGUUCUUGCCUCUGGCAUAAUAAUCCAUGUUUUUAGAGUAUUUUUUGAAAUGAUUUUCAUAUCCAAUGCCCAUUAUAGCUGAUUGAAAGCAGAAGUUCUUGCCUGUCACACUGAUAGCUAUUAUGAGACAAAUUCUUUAUGCAAUAUAGUACUCUGCUCAAGAAAUGGUACCAUUUAUGUUCUUCAUGCUAAAAGGAAAACUGACUAUUCUCCCUUCAUUUUUUUGAUUCUUGCUUCUGCAUCUUUCCUUCCAGAUCUGUCUGAAGCAAAUAGACUUCAGUAACCAAAUAGUUUGAUCAUAAAGUUUACUGACAUUCCAGAACAAAAUAAAAAUUUGGUUUCUACUAUAUAAGAUGAGUAGGCAAGUUGGUUACAAAGUGUUAACCCUCGAAACCCAGUCUUGCUGAUGCGAUGGACAUUGCUUCUCAGUUUGCCAACAAGCUCUGGGGGAGGAGAGAGGUUUGGAAUACAGACUUCAAAGAUUAAGGAAGCAGACAGUGGGAACCAAGGACAAUUGCCAGGUGUCUGGCCAGGUCCAGAGAUGCUUUCUCACAACAAUAUUUUUCAACUUGAUUGGGCAACAUGAUCUGACCCAGAGGGAGGAGGAAGAAGUCAAUGCUUUUACUAUAGUGAUUUGGGUGGGGUCUUGUCAGAGCGGGUUUUACUUUCAUUUGUGCCAAUAUGGUGUACUCAAUAAAGUUUUGCAUUAAGAGCAUGAAAAUUCUUGAAGGUGUUUGCUUAAUUGGGUUCACUAGUUGGAAUCUUGAC